AUGGAACAUAUUGACUUCCCUUCUCCUAAGUUUCCGACAUGGCAUCACAUCUUCACCAUUGUUCUCUUGUUGUGUUCCUACAACCGAGUCUCCUUCGCCUCCAAUAAUGAAACGGAUAGGAUUGCGUUGCUGGAGUUCAAGUCGGGAAUAACUUUAGAUCCCUUCGGGGUGUUCAGCUCAUGGAACGACAGCAUUGACUUCUGCCGGUGGUCUGGUGUUACGUGUAGUCGCCGGCACCACAGCCGAGUCACGGUAUUGGACCUAAAUUCACAGAAGCUCUCGGGAUCAAUCUCCCCUCACGUCGGGAACCUCAGCUUCUUGAGGGAAUUACGGCUUCAAAACAAUAGUUUUGACCAUGAAAUCCCACGGCAAAUUGGACGGCUGCACCGCUUACGUUUCUUAGAAUUGUCCAAUAACUCUCUGGCGGGGGAUAUACCCAGGAACAUAUCAGGUUGCACGAACCUUAUUGGCAUUGGAUUGCGGAAUAACAGACUGACUGGACAAGUUCCCAGAGAGCUCGGUACGCUAUUGAAGCUUCAGCAUCUUGUUUUAAUGGCAAACAAUUUGUCAGGAAGCAUCCCUCCAAGCAUUGGCAACUUAUCGUCCCUCGAGGAUCUUUAUCUUACUUUUAACUCCUUGAGUGGGAGCAUUCCUGGGGCUCUUGGCCAACUAACCAAACUAGCCACACUUACUUUGGGAUUCAACAUGCUUUCCGGUACGCUCCCUGCUUCCCUCUUCAACCUGUCUUCAUUGACUCAAUUUGACGUAUCAUGUAACCAAAUACAUGGAAGUCUUCCUGCAACCAUAGGCCUCACUCUCUCGUCUCUCGAAUACUUCAACGUGGCCUCGAACCAAUUUGAUGGAUCAAUCCCAUUCUCAAUCUCUAAUGCAACGAACCUCCGUGUACUUCCACUAGAGGACAACAAUCUUUCAGGGAGCAUACCUUCUUUUGAACGCCUACAUAAUCUUGAAUGGUUUUCCAUUCGCUCCAAUCAUCUCGGAAGCGGGGGCUCCCAUGACUUGAGCUUCCUUUGCUCCUUAACAAAUGCCUCUAGCUUAAAAGAGUUGAAUGUCAUGGAAAACAGACUGGGUGGGUCACUGCCUCAGUGCAUUGGCAAUUUCUCCAUUACUCUCACAGCAUUGGGGGUAAGCAAGAAUGUUAUAACAGGGGAGAUCCCAAGAGCAAUUGGGAAUCUUGUGAACUUAGAAAAGUUGUAUGUGGAUGGCAACAGUCUUUCAGGUACAUUCCCGUUAGACUUGAAAAACCUUCAGAAUCUUACAUAUUUGAAUCUCUCAAACAACAAGUUGUCCGGGGUACUUCCAUCCUUUUUGCACAAUCUGAGCGAAUUGAUUUAUCUGUAUCUUGAUGGGAAUAACUUUCAAGGGCACAUUCCUCCGCAUCUUGAUAAGUGUCAACGAUUGCUGUCGCUUGAUCUUUCUAGUAACAAUCUCAGCGAUUCCGGAAUCCCAGUGGUCACAAGUCUCUUCUUUUUGAACUUAUCCCACAACCAUCUGACCGGGGCCCUUCCCAAGGAAAUAGGGGAGAUGAAGAACUUAAACUAUAUGGACAUAUCAGGAAACAUGUUAGAUGGUGACAUGCCAAGCAGUCUGGGCAAUUGUGCUGUACUCGUACUAUUAAGAUUGCAGGACAACCUCUUCCAAGGGUCCAUUCCUCAAUCCCUUAGUUCGUUAAGAGGCAUCAAAAUACUUGAUCUUUCAUGCAAUAAUUUAUCUGGAGGGAUUCCAAGGUUCUUGGAGGCAUUUGAUUUGGAAUAUGCUAAUUUAUCAUUUAACAAUUUUGAAGGCUCUCUACCAACUGAAGGAGUCUUUAAGAAUGCAACUGCCGCAUUUGUCAUUGGAAACGAGAUGCUCUGUGGAGGAAUUCCUGAAUUUCAUCUCCCUAAGUGCAUCUCUAAAAACUCCAAAAGCAAGCGGCUUGUCCAUAUCCUGAUACUUUCCAUCGCUAUCACCUUUGGGCUUCUGGGAGUAGCUCUUCUUCCUUUUUUGUACUCAUGUUGGUUGAAGGAGAAAAGAAAAGAGCCUAUUUCGAGCCCCGGAGGCGGUACAUGGCAGAAUCUACCUUAUGGAAUUCUCCUAAGAGCAACUAAUGGAUUUUCUUCAACUAAUUUGAUUGGUAUCGGUAGUUUUGGGUCUGUUUACAAGGGUAUACUCGAGAAUGGAACGGUUGUCGCUGUGAAGGUGCUGAAUGUAACUCGUCAUGGUGCAUUGAAGAGUUUCAUGGCUGAAUGUGAGGCUCUCAAGCACAUCAGACACCGAAAUCUUUUGAAAAUCCUGUCAGUAUGCUCAAGCAUUGAUUACUGCGGUAAUGAGUUUAAGGCUUUAAUCUACAAGUUCAUGGUUAAUGGCAGCCUUGAAGAGUGGUUACACCACCAUCAAGAACCGACCGAAGCAGAUGGGCCUUCAAAAUCUUUGAGCCUCCUCCGUAGGAUAAAGAUAGCCAUCGACAUUGCUUCUGCAUUGGAUUAUCUUCACAACCACUGUCACAGCCAAAUUAUUCAUUGUGAUCUAAAGCCAAGCAAUGUUCUCUUAGAUGAUGAGAUGGAUGGACAUGUCGGUGACUUUGGAUUGGCAAAAAUCGUCCUUGAAAAUACACCUGACACCAACUCAAAGAUAAGUUCAGCUGGUCUAAGAGGAACGGUUGGUUAUGCUGCUCCAGAAUAUGGAAUGGGAAGUGUGGUUUCUAGAGAAGGCGAUGUCUAUAGUUAUGGAAUGCUCUUGCUAGAGAUGUUCACCGGAAUCAGGCCCACAGAUGAGAGCUUCAAAGAAAAUUUGAACCUUCACAAUUUUGUUGUGGAAGCUUUGCCCGCCCGAGUUCUAGAAAUUACUGAUCCCAUUCUACUUCAGGGAAGAAAGAACUAUGCAUGCCAUAGCAGAGACAAUGCAGUUCAAGAGUGUCUGGUAAUGGUCUAUGGAAUUGGAAUUGGCUGCUCAGUUGGAGUACCCAGAGAGAGAAUGAGCAUCACAGAAGCUGGAACUCAACUAUGUUUGAUUAGGGACAAACUUCACGCAGCUGGUUUACAAGGAUAGGUAAUGACAUUUCUAAAAAUUCACCUAAAGCCUAGUCAAGCAUACAGAAGUGUGCCUGAACACUCGAGCACUGGGAAUGACUAACAUUUCUUUCCAGCCUAGACUAAGAGAGAGCAAUACAUAUUCUCAGAUAUACGUGGAGGGCGAAAUUCAAUGUUACAUCACAAGGCAUUGAAACAGCUGACUAGGAACCUCAUAUGUUACAUCUUACGUGUCUUUCUGCACUUGCACUAGAACAGUCAUGCUUAUAGGGCUUUGUGGUUCACUAAAAGAAUUGG